UCUGUGUCUCCUCCAAUCAGUUCCAUGUGCACUGGGGCUCCUGUUACUCUGCGCUCAGAGCUUCUGUCCGUGCGUCUCUGUGCUGGUGCGACCCCCGGUGCGGGAGAAGGGGGUUUGUAUCGCAGGAGCUGCCACACAAGCAGAGGAGACCCCUCCGGCACAAAUCCUCCUUUCUCCAGACACUAAAUCUCCCAUUCUCUCCAGUGAUCCCUCCUGUAGGAGCCCAGUGCCUGGCUCUGCUCUAUCAGCCUUGGGGUGACUGUACCUUACUAAGCUGGGGAUGUAAACGGUUCGGACUAUUGUGGGAUCACUGCCUGUAACUUCUGUCUCCCAAUGUGGGGGUGCUCAGCCUGGCUGCCAACCUCUCCCAAUGCUUCUACAGGUAACUCUCCCAGCUACAAAGUCAUUAUCAUCCCCUGACUUACGGAUCAGAUGCUAAUCCCCCACCAUGGCACAACCCUGCACAGCCUGCCCUUCCCUACAGAGCAAGAGGAAUCACUGACCAGCUUCAUCUGUCCCGGGCGGGGAAGAGAUUUCAUGAGAUGCAGAACCGGUCACUUGCAGCUGCAAAUGGGAAUUUGGAGCAACUUUGAAGCAGAGACAAAAUUCAUUGUUUUUGACUGGAGCAAAAUUUUUGACAAAUCCCCAAGGAUGAAAUUCCACGCCAAAGUCACGCUUCCCUCUCAUUGGCUCUUUCUGGCCUACGUGCUGAUGGUUUGCUGCAAAUUGUUGGCCGCCUCCAGUCUCCAUUCCCGCGGGCAGGCAGGAUAUCAAGUAAAGCAAGGUACCUGUGAGGUUGUCGCACUUCAUCGAUGCUGCAAUAAGAACCGAAUUGAAGAACGAUCACAAACCGUGAAGUGUUCUUGCUUCCCGGGGCAGGUUGCCGGCACCACCAGGGCCCAGCCAUCUUGCGUGGAGGCUUCUAUCGUGAUCCAGAAGUGGUGGUGUCACAUGAAUCCCUGUAUGGAAGGGGAAGAGUGCAAAGUGUUGCCUGAUCUCACAGGCUGGUCCUGCAGCAGCGGAAACAAAAUAAAAACGACCAAGGUAACACGGUAGCAGAUGAGAACUUCAUUGCAGUAGAAGAUCAGAUUGCUGAAGAUUAUCAUCACAUCGAUAUUAGGAUUUGCUUUCAAUCACUUUUUGCCAGAUUAGAGAAACUCUGGAAUUUAAGACUUUAUAAAUCUUCUCUUGUGUUUCCUGAGGAUAUUUCAUUUUCCUGCUAACUUGAAAAGUGACCUAUUGGGAUAUAUAAGCCUAUCCUGAUGGACAUGCUCAGUGAUAUAAGUUCCAGUUUCUCAAGGGGAAAAACAAACUUAAUUCAAUGUUUCCGAAUUUGAUGGACGCAGACUUUAAUGAGAGACCAACGUACUAGACUCUGAGUAUCCAAUCCCGUGCUGACAAAAUGAUGGACAAGGAUGAUAUAAUGUUCCUAAUUUGCAAUACUUACAGUCGGACUUUGGCCUAAAACCAAAUAAAUGUAAAUAAGCAAAGACUUUCCCCCCCUCCUUCUUUUACUUCAUAUUUUUGCUGUUGAUAGUGAUGAAACAAAAUAGCUUGAGUUGUAGACUCAUUUCUCACUCGCUCUAAUGGUUCUCAUGCCUCGUUUUUAGACUCCUAUCCGCUACGGUGGCCAAUUAAAAAUAAUAAUGCGUUUCUUUUCUGUCCAUCACUCUCAUUGCUUUUCCAAGGAUUGCACUGAACGAGUUCGUCAUUAGGGGAGAGAAAGGAACGUUACUUGAAAUAUUUUCCAUAUAGUUUGCUGCAUCCGUUGUGUUCGGUCGAUCCUUCUGUAUAAAUGCCACUUUCUUUGAGCGUUCAGACAGAUCUUUAUGGCAAUUUGUUGUUGAAACUGAUUUUGCUUUCUGGGCUAUGUUUACAUUUAUCUUUUUUGGGUAUGUAUUAAAGUACGUUUUUAGCUACGG